AUGCGUACCAUGCGCAAUAAUUUUAGGGCAACAAGAAGUGCUGACUUGAUUGCAAAACCUGACCAAGGAAGGGCCAUGGAGUGCGUCGCAGCCCACCCCACAUCAUCACACUUCCUGAAAAACAUCGAUUACACCAGAUUCGCCGACUGGAGGUUCAUCCACCGAGACAGGCUGAGUCUAGUACCGCUAAAUGGCUCUAGCUCCUGGAGGUCCGGAGACCACCGGUGUCGAUGA